UCAUUGCGCUGCUCAGAACAGCGCGUGAUUUAAAACUAGUGAAUUUUGGGGGACGGGGAGGGGCGCGGCUGGCCGGUCUUCCUCUCCCGCGGCGCCGGCGGUGCUGGGCGGGUGGAGGUGCGGAGUCGUCCCCAUGGCCGCGGCGCCGGAGCCCGGCGAGCCCGCGAAGGGGAAGCUCUUUAAGCUCCUAGGCAUUUUCGGUGUUGAAAAUAUUCCCUGUGCCCGGGACUCAAUAUUGUAUGGUUCAUUAGGAUCUGUUGUGGCUGGCUUUGGACUUUUUUUCUUUUCUAUUGUUGUUAACUAGUAGAAUUAGAAGAUCAGGUGUGGAGUAGGAGGAUUUAUCUUAGUGACUUUGGGAUGCUGGUUUCACUGUAGAUAUAAUUAUGCAAAGCAAAGAAUCCAGGGAAGAAUUGCCAGAGAAGGAAUGAAAAAUAAGAUAUUAUAUGAAAGUACCCACCUUGAUCUUGAAAGAAAACAAACCAAGGGCAACAGCAGCAGUUGAACAACCUUGAGCAGAGAAAACCAGACUCCCUCAAGUCAGUGUGAACAAA